CAUCUCGCGAAGUUUGUGCACUAGAAAAGUCACUGUUUCACUAUAUAAACCUCGGGCAGGGACCUCGCUGGUCAUCAUUCACAGCGGUCCUAGUGACGGUGCGCGAACGUGUGCAGAAGAUAUUGGAGAUAACGGCCGAUAAGAAACGAUUAGGAAAAGGUGCUGGCGUGGUGAAUUUUCGCGAGUGAAUGUGAAAUAAGAGCUUGCGGUUUUACUGCCAAACAGACGAAAAAAAGUUAUACCCACAGUAUUGCUCAGUGAUCAGCUCACAUCACACCUCCGGUAACAAUGAAGAUCAUGAAGUUUCGAGUGCGCGUAUCCCCGCUGGUGGUUCUUCUAGUUUGUAUAGAGGCACUGCACGCACGAUCCGUCUCCGAACGAAAGCGAGACUUUGACUACGAGUACGAGUCGGCCAACGCCGGCUCGCUCUAUGCAACCAAAAGCGGCUACAGUGCCGGCAGUGGUCUACGUUCCAUUGCACAGGGUUCGGCAGAUCAGGCCAACAAUGCCGUAGCGAAUCAGGUGGCCGCAGCCAAGCAGGCAGCAUACGUGGCCCAAAGUACUCUGGCACAAGCAGCGUCUCAGGCAGCGGCAACGGCACAAGCCGCUUUGGCCGGUAAACAGGUUCUUCUGCAAGGAUUGGAACAGCAAAGCCUCGAGGCGCAUCAAGCCCUGGAGAGUGAGAUCCAGCAGCUUCAUCAGGCUAAGAAGGCCGCCAAGGCAGCUCAGCACUCGGCCCAGCAAGCAUUGAACCACGUACAAGUGUUAACUGCGGCGCUAAACAAUGCGCAGGUAGCGGCGGAGCAUGCCCAGCAGUCAGCAGCGGAAGCGGCAGCCGAGUUAGCUUCACAAUCACAGAUGGUAGGUAAUGCCAAAUCUAGGGUGGAGUCUAUCGAAGAGCAGCUGAAGGCAGCCCGCGUGGACUUUGAAGCUACCCAGGAAGCGGCCCACAAGGCAGCGUACUCUGCACAGGAGGCUCAAAAGAAUGCUGCAGAGGCGGCUGCUCAUGCAGCAGGUCCUCAUCAGCUGGACAGUCACACAUUACAGUUCCAGUCGAAGGUCUCGAAACCACAGAAUACUCAUCACGAGGAUGACGAGAUCAACAGCGGUGAGAUCGAUGUCAACACAAACCACAACUUUGGAUAGAUGUUGCCAUUUGUUAGGGUCCUUAAUGUGCAAUUGAAAUAGGUCUAUGUUUUAAUAGAACAAUUCGAGAAGCUUUAUUGCUCGUUAGCCUUACUAAGUUGUAACUUGCUGUUAGUCUUUGAACGUACAUUUUAUGACUGCCGUAUUCCAAGUUUAGCAUAAGUUCACUGACAUGUGCCUGAUGUUGUAUUAUCGUUAUAAUGUUAUAAAUUGAUGUUUUAUUCCAGAAACA